AUGGCGCAGCCAGUGCAGAGCAAGUUGGACCUCGAGGAGCGCGUCUCCUACAUCCAAUCCAACGCGCACGACAAGGACGCCAACGGCGACGGGUAUGCUGAUGCCAAGACGCCCGGCGAGCUCGAAGACGGCGCGCUCGUCGAGGGCGGCGCGCUGCACCUCUUUUCGCGCGAAGCCUUUGGUCUCUUCUCGCAGUACGGCGCGAUCGGUGUCAUUUACGGCAUGAUCCCGACCUUGGUCUACCCGCUCUACACGGUGUACCUCGGUAUGGAAGGCUACCAGACCGCCUCGUACGGCGUCCUCGUCACCACGGGCUGGUCGUUCAAGGUCUUCUUUGGCAUGCUUUCGGAUUGCGUGCCCAUCAUGGGCUACCGCCGCAAGUCGUGGAUGCUCAUCGGCUGGACCCUCACGAUGAUCGCCCUCGCUAUCAUGACAUUCACGCCGUUCGGCAAGCCGUUCUGCGACCGCCGCUUGACGAAGGACCCCAAGGUGUGCGAAACGGCCACCACCAAGCUCUCCACGAGCGACCUCGAGGCCUUCUUCGACUUGGACGCGCCCAACCGCGGUGCGCUCUUCAUCAUGAUGAGCAUGCUCGUCUCGUUCGGCUACGUCAUCGCGGCCUGCGCGUCCGAUGCCAUGGUUGUCCAGUACGCGCAGCGUGAGCCCGUGGCCAUCCGCGGCCGUGUCCAGACCGCCAUCUACGUCGUGCGCACGAUGACCGGCGUCCUCUCGCAGCUCGUUGUCGCCUUCUUCCUCAACGGCAAGGUGUACAAGGGGUCGUUUGACUUUGCCGUUGGUCCCAACGUCAUCUUUGGCAUCUGCCUCGUGCCGUGCGUCUUUGUCGUCUUCACGACCAUCUUUGUGGUCGUCGAGAAGAAGACGCCGCGUGUCCCGUUUGGCGAGUGGGCCAGCAUGUUCUGGACCCUCCUCCAGAAGCGCGUCUUGUGGCAGAUUUGCGCGUUCCGCUUUAUCAGCAACUGCUUCCAGUCCAUGGGCGCGACACCGGGCGGUCCUUUGGCUGCGUACUGGGCCCAGGUCGAGCCGCUCAACGACUCGCUCUCGGGUGUCUUUGGCAGCUUGAUCUUCUCCGGUAUCCUCGUCGUCGUCGGCAAGUGGGGCCUCAACUGGAACUGGCGCUGGACGAUCGCGCUCUCGUCGCUCGGUGUGAUUGCCAUUGACAGCUUUGUCAUCUUUAUGACGAUUUUUGACGGGUUCCGCAACCAGUGGUUCUUCACGGGUGUCGCGCUCGCCGACAACGUGCCGGGCGGUGUCCGCUUCAUUGUGUCCACGUACUGCGCCGUCGAGAUUGCCGACAUUGGCAACGAAGGUGCGACGUACGGUCUCGUCACGACGAUCUCCAACCUCGCGUCGCCGUUCGCGUCCGUCAUUUACAAGUACAUCAACUCGUACUUCAAGGUCUCGGUCAACGACAUCAAGUCGGAUACGCCCGAGAUCCGGUGGGAAGUCGCGUACUGCUACAUCAUCUCGUUCAGUUGCAAGGUCGGUGCGCUCUUCUGGCUCUGGAUGCUGCCGCCGCAGAAGGCUGCCAUGCAGGAGCUCAAGAAGCGCGGCGGCAAGAGCAAGCUUGCGGGCGCCAUCUUGAUCUUCAUGUUCUUUGGCGCGCUCUCGUUCGCGAUGACGAGCAACAUCAUGGCCAUCUUCCCGUCGACCAAGUGCUACCGCAUCGCCGGCGGCAAGGGCACGGUCAACGGCUCGUGCAUCGUCAAGAAGUAA